GUGUUUGCAUAGGUUACCGUUCAGUAUUCGCGAAAAGGUUGAAAAAGUUACUGUGAAGAGGGUAUGCAUCUGAUUUGUUAUCACAAAGCAAUUGCACCAUGGACCAUGAGCUUCCUAAUCAAGAACUGAUCAAAUGUGUUGUUGUUGGCGAUAGUUCCGUGGGCAAGACGAGGCUGAUUGUCGCCCGGGCAACUGGACAGGUUAUGUCACGUAACCUACUGACGCAGACGCAUGUGCCAUCUGUGUGGGCUAUUGAUCAGUAUCAUCGCUGUCAGCAGGUUUUGGAAAACUCAUGGGAGACGAUUGAUGGCGUGAGAGUGAGUCUCAGGUUAUGGGAUACCUUUGGUGACCAUGAGAAGGACCGUAGAUUUGCAUAUAAUGGUGCUGAUGUUAUUGUUCUGUGCUUUUCUAUUGCUGACCCGAUUUCUCUGGCAAAUGUUAAACGUGUUUGGGCAGUGGAGAUUAAUAGAGUGUGCCCUCGUACUCCUGUCAUUCUCUGUGGAACAAAGAAUGAUUUACGCAGCUCCGAUAUACAACUUUUGAUGAAAGACCGUAGCAAAUUCAGUCACCAUUGUUCACGACAUCGACUCUUUGACCCCAAGAACGUCUUAAUGCCUAGCUACGGUAGGCAAACUGCUAAGGACAUAGGAGCCUACUACUAUGAAACCAGUUCAUAUACACAGUACGGCAUCACUGAAGUGUUCAACAGUGCCAUUCGUGCAGCUUUGAUUCAUCGCAGACACCACCGCUUCCUACACUCAAACCUACGCAAAGUGCAAUGCCCUUUGCUUCAAGCUCCUUACCUACCAGAUAAGCCAAGGGAACCUCAUGUUCAUAUCCCAGAUUCAACAUUUGUUCAGGAAAUCGGUAACCUUUUGAAUGAUACCUCUUGUGCAGAUGUGGUAUUUUUGGUCCAGGAUCAAUUUAUAGUUGCACAUAAGAUUGUAUUGAUAGCUGCAUCAGACACGUUUCAGCAGCUAUUUAUGAUGGAUCUAUCGGAACAACUUGACAGCAAGCCAUCAUCCUCCACAACCAUCUUGCCUGCCCUUCAAGAGGCAUCCCUGCCUCCUCCUCCUCCUGAUAGCUUACAGUACAUUAAUGCUAAAAACAAGCCAACAACUCAGGUACUACUGUCUUCGUUGGAUAGUAAAACUGCUACCAUGGACAAUACUUGUCUAACAGAUUCAGUGUUAAGUAGCUCAUUGACAAAUUCAGAUAAAUUGUUUUCUGAUCCUGAAACAAGAACUAAAUCUUUCUCACUUCUGAACACCAUUCAGAAUCCACUUGGUAAAACCCUCGAUCAUGAAGCCUUCCAUUCCAUACUUCUGCGACAGACUAAGGACCCCAUUACUGGCAAGCUGCUUCUUCAACAUUAUGUUGUCCUCAAACCUGAAAUCACACCUGAUGCAUUCAGGAUUGUCCUGGAGUUCCUCUAUAAGGGAUCGUUGUCCAGUGAGGUCAGUCUGACUGAUGUGUCGACAGCAUCAAAGCUUCUAGGAAUAGGUGAUCUUACCCGCCUUGUGGUAAAUAUAAUGAAUGAUCUUCAUUACCUUAACCAGCCUAUCAGCGAUGCGUUCAUUGCUCAAAGAACAACCAAGCUAUGCGAUGUUUUUUUCAUGAAAGGUAUGUUGUCAGAUAUGCUGAUAAAAGUUGAUGAUGGUGUAGUGGUCACUCAUAAGAGCAUCUUGAUGGCCCGUUGUGAUCCAAUGUUAGCAAUGCUCGGAGGUCAUUUUAGAGAGAGUUCAAGUAGUGAGGUUGCAAUUGAAGGGUUUGGAAAAGAGACAUUCUCUGCAUUGUUGGAAUAUCUAUACACUGACAGCUGUAGCCCUCUGUGCUACCAGGAGGCUAUGAAUGUGAUUGAGCUGGCCAAUUUCUUAUGCCUUCCAAGACUGGUGGUGAUCAUGGAAGAUAUGGUGAUCAAGGUUUUGAAGGAAACCUUUGAGAAAAGUAAGAAUGACAAACAGAUGCAAAAAGAAAUUGCUCGUGUGACUUUAGAAACUAUCAAUCGGGCCAAGCUGCAUAAUGCACAUCAAUUACGCUUAUGGUGUUGUCAUCAGACAUCAAUGAACUUUGAACUUGUUCAGAAGAUGAAGUUGAUUUGUGAAGUGAACAGUGAAGAUCGUGGGUGCCUUGAACACAACAGAUGGCCUCCUGUUUAUUAUAUCACUGAGAAAGAUUACUACGAUAAGUGUCUCAAAGAAAGCACAUGUGCACCAGAUCCACGCAGCAAAAAACACAAAGGGUGUUUGAAGUAGGGUGUGAUGGUGUAAGGAUGAAUGUAGUUAGGGAAAUACAGUACAAUAAAGACAUGAAUAGAAUUUAAUUAAUCAUGAUUACAUACUUGCCAUUAUAAUUAUUAAAAUUAUAUCAGCUCUUGUUGGUUAGGCUUGGAACCAUUUCAACCCAAAUCUUGAUUAGGCAAUGUAAUAUAAAUGUACAAUACUUGUCAGUUGUGGCUCCAAACAAUUGCCAACAAUAGCAAGUCUGACCGGGGGGUGCAGACCAAGGGACCGACUAAAACUUUGGUCUGUGUCCUGAAUAAAAUCCCUUGAACGGUUAAUGGGAAGAGUUUUUAUAGCUUGUAUGGCCCAAAACUUUGCUUUUAGACCAUAGGAGAUUGGUAAACAAAAUAAAGUAUUUGGAUAGGCAAAUUAAUAUAUUUGGUCCGACUACGUGGGGUUCAGGUCUGUCCAACAGGGGGAAACUUACCCCUGCUCGUGCCGCCACUGAUACUUGUAACUUUUGCAAAUAUUUGCCUUUGUCUAAAUCCUUAGGCCCAAAAAAGGUAAAUAAAAUUGUUUGCCCUCCUCCACCCGCCCCUAACUCACUGUAAAAAAUAGGGGCGGAAAAAUUAAAAAAAAGUUUAUAUUUUAGCUUUUUUCUUUACAAAUUAAAAAAAAAAUCUG